AUGUCAAAUGGGAAGAGGAGUCUAACUAAUGAGACUGGUGAUUCAAAGAGACCGAAAUUAAGUGGAAUACCCCAAGCUACGUUAGAAAGAGCGAAAGCUAGAUUGGAACAACGAAGAUUAAAGGAACAAGAACAAGAAGAUCAUAAAAAUGGCACCAAAUUAGAAGCAGCCAAAGGAGGGUUGAAUACUGAAAUACAUCCAUUAUUAAGGAGUGGUAUAGCGAAUACUCCUGUCAUACCGAAGAAUUUCAACCCUCUUAAACAAAAUGCCAGGAAAAUAUUUGAUUCAUCUGCUAUGAAUCCAUAUUUAGAUCAAUCAGCUGCUGUUUCCCAAUUCAAACCAAGAUCAUUAACCUUCAAUCCUAAGGGUAAAUAUAUUGAACAAGCUAAUCGAUUACGAGAAAAGAUCAAACAAGAAGAAGAAGAGAAACGGAAAAUUGAAGAAAAGAAAUCAAAAGGGCUAACGGCUGAUGAGAAUUUAGGUGAACAUUUAUAUAAAUCUCAAUUCCCUCCCCCGGUUGAAUGGUGGGAUCAACCAUAUCUUCGAGAUAGAAGUUAUGAGUUCAUUGAUAAUCUUGAUCGUGUAAACAUGGAGAAUGAGAAUCAAAUGGUUUCAAUCUAUAUCCAGCAUCCGAUUUUAAUUCCUGCUCCAUGGUUGAAACAUGGGGCUGAACAGAAAGCGAUGAUGUUAACUAAGAAAGAAAUGAAAAGAAUAAGAAAAAACGAUAGACAAGACAAGUUAAAAGAUAAACAAGAUAGAAUCAAAUUAGGAUUAGAUCCGGCACCUGCUCCUAAAGUGAAAUUAUCCAAUUUAAUGAAUGUAUUGACCAAUGAAGCUAUUAAAGAUCCAACUAGUAUUGAAAUGAGAGUUAAACAAGAAAUGGAAGAGAGACUUCAAAAACAUUUACAACAGAAUGAAGAACGACAAUUAACUAAAGAAGAAAGACAUGAAAAGAUUCAACGACAACAUGAAAAAGAUGUUCAAAAGGGAUAUUUUACCUUAGUGUUCAAAAUCAAAAAGUUGAUUAAUCCUCAACAUAAAUAUAAAAUUGAUAUUAAUGCCAAACAGAAUGAUUUAGUUGGUAUUUGUCUUGAGAAUCCUCGUUUUAAUUUGGUCGUAGUAGAAGGAGGAGAAAAGAGUAUUAAACUAUAUAAGAAAUUAAUGAUGAAUCGAAUCAAUUGGCAAGAAAAUGUCCGAGCUAAAGAUGAUACAUCUGAUGAACCAUUAGCUGAUCUUUCCGAUAAUAGUUGUGAAAUAGUAUGGGAAGGUCAAUUAAAACAGUUUAAUUUUCAAAAAUGGAGUUUAAUGUAUUCAUCAAAUGAUGAUGAAGCAAUUGAUGUACUUCAAAGAUUUAAGCUCGAGAAUUAUUGGAGACAGACUAUUGCUUUAGAUAAGUAG